CAAUGUGGUGUGCUCUUGUAAUUGGGUUACGUUUUAUUGUCGUUUUAAUCAAAUGUGCCCCUAAUUUGGCAUCUUUCCGCCUUUAACAUCUUAUUUUUUCUCCCAAACGAGAGGCCUAAAAACAAUGUUGUUUCACUCAUAUGAUUAUGAAUAAUGGAUCUUGGUUUCUACACCAGUAACGUUUGCAUUGGUUGCCAAAAUCAUGAUGCUGCAUUGUUGGACAACUUCCACUGCUUCUACACCUUCUCCUUUUCAAUCUAAGACUCCUAAUUUGCCUUUCUUCAAUCCAAGAAACCCUCCCAAUGUCCUUUUAUCCAAACCAUUCUUCUUCUUCCCCAAGCCAAGACCCACAACAGCUCUCAAAGCUCAUUUCUUGGAUGAAAUCCCUCAGCUUUUCCAUAACAAGGUUUUGAUAGCAGCUGGUGUUUCUGCGGCAAUUGGGCAACUCUCUAAGCCUUUUACAUCUGUGAUUCUGUAUGGGAAAGAAUUUGAUAUCAAGUCUGCUAUUCAGGCUGGGGGCUUUCCUUCAACUCAUUCCUCUGCAGUUGUGGCUGCUGCAACAUGCCUUGGUCUUGAAAGGGGAUUCUCGGAUUCACUGUUUGGUGCAACAGUUGUUUAUGCUGGCCUUAUUAUGUAUGAUGCCCAGGGUGUUAGAAGAGAAGUAGGAGUUCAUGCAAAGACACUGAACGAAAUCCUAAAGCCCAAAUCGAGAAAGCUCAACUCAUGCCGAGGGCAUAGAUGGCUUUGAUUGUCAAUCAUUGCCCUUGAACUACUCAUCCAAAAAAUGAAUUAAAUUCUUCAACAUCAAAAACUAGAAACGCCUUUUUAGUGCAAAAGUCAGAGAGCUGGCAGAUGACAUUGAGGUAGGAUUAGAAAAAAUUUCUAGCUAUAUUCACUAAAAGAAUCGAUUGGUCAUACCGAAAUUAAAGUCAUUGCUGGUGCUUUACUUGGCUUCUUGGUAAGCCUUAUGUAGACACCCUUAUUUGAUGUUAAAUACUCUUUUUACAUAUCAUUUUGAUUCUAUAGAGUACAUUGAAUACAGCAACACCAUAACAUUCGGUUCUUAAAGAACCAAUGUGAGAUCUGCUACGUAUAGCAAAUGCUCUAGCCUCUAGGAAUACAUGUUUAGGUCCCAAUUCUGUUAAGGAUAAGAACCAAUAUUCACAUACCACGUGCAUGCAUGGUUAACAUACACGUGGUCUAAUCAAUAGUGACUCUUACACAUUGAGAUUUGAACAAAAUGCCAAGUGUCCAAAAUCACAUUUUAUGGAGCGCCACUUGGCGUGGCAAUAGUUAGCCACGACUAGUACUAGAGGCCACGUACGUUAACUGGAUCGAAACAAUACCAUCAUCAUUGUUAAUAUAUAUGUAUAUAGUAGAACGGUUCUGAAAUUAUAAAGCAAUAUAAUUAGAUCAAAUUAAUAAAUAAAGAUGUCAGGGGCACAAGGAGCUCAGCCAAAGAAUUCGAAAACGGCAACGACUUACGAAUCGACACAGGGAGGAGAGAACAGAACGAAGAUCGAGUUGAAAUCGCGGGAGGACGAAGGAGGCAUUCAGAUCGAUAAAAUCCAGGAUAAGGUUCCUGAUGCCGCCGGUAAAGGCGGUCCCGUUUUCGGUGCUGCCAACGACGACAAAAACCAAGAUCUCGGCGUUACGGGCACUGGCUCUGAGUGACUAUAGCUACUUAUAAUCAAACUAUAUAUAUUUAAAUAUGUACGAAUAUAUAUUUAUGUAACUCAGUUUCGAAUAGGAUAUAUGCAAGUUUAUAGUGUA